CGCCGACCCACGGCCCAGAGCAGAGCAGAGGCGUCGCGGCCGCGGCCGCGGCCAGUUGGGUUGGGGUCGGAGCCAGGCAGCCACCCAGCCAGCCGCCGAGCCGCGGGCGGGCAGGCGGACCAGUGGAAGCUGCCCUUAUUAAAGCCGCCGAGCGCGUGCUCUGCCGCAUCCAUCGUCCCGACUACUCCUACCUCCUCACCUCGCGAUCCAGUCCCCCGCCGCCCCGCCUCGUCUAGAAUCCGGCCUCCGCCGCGCCCCGGCCCUCGACCACCGCUCCGCAUCGUCGGGAGGAGUAAUCCACGGUGAUCACCGGGCCAAGCAAGAUGUCGGCUGCCACCGCCCCGAGAUUGUCCGUCCCCAAAUGCGGGGCGAGCCUCCGGACCGCCGCUCCGGCGGCCAGGGCCCCUCCCUCCGUCGGCUUCGCGAGGCAGGCGGCCCGCGCGCCUGGGCCGCGGCUCUCCGGCAGGUUCGUGGCCUCCGCGGCGGCCGUGCACAAGGUGAAGCUGGUCGGGCCGGACGGGGUGGAGCACGAGUUCGAGGCCCCCGAGGACACCUACAUACUCGAGGCGGCCGAGAACGCCGGCGUGGAGCUGCCCUUCUCCUGCCGCGCCGGGUCCUGCUCCACCUGCGCGGGCAAGAUGUCGGACGGCGAGGUCGACCAGUCGGAGGGCUCGUUCCUCGACGAGAACCAGAUGGCCGAGGGGUACCUCCUCACCUGCAUCUCCUACCCCAAGGCGGACUGCGUCAUCCACACCCACAAGGAGGAGGAGCUGUACUAGAGUGCUCGUGCGUCAGUGAGCUUCAAUGGCGGCGCAGUGGCUGAGACCAUGGGUUGCCAUGCCAUGGUAGAGACGAUUGUUGUGGGGGAAGGGAUAGCUCUUGAUGUCUACUGUUGAACAUCUGUUUCGUUGAGAUCGUGCCAUAUGAGCUGUGACAAUAAUUGUUGUAACGUGAUUCUGAAAUUCAAACUGCAAGUAUUUUUUGAGCAGCAAUGGCGAAAAGUGCACAUUAUGAUCUAAGUUA